AUGUGCUGGCGUUUGCAAGCGAUUUUGCCUCAAAAUCCUUCGCACUUACGCCGCCCGCUUUCACGCUGUGCGACAGGGGCGGCCGCGGCGUCGGCGUCGGCGUCGGGGGCGGAGUGCUACGUGUGCGGGCCGCAGGGCGGCCUGAUGGCGCUGGAGCCGCAGGCGGCCGCGACGUCGACGGAGCUCAGCCCGUCGUGCCAGGGCUUCUCCGAGGACGACGCUCGCUUCCGGCGGCGCUGCGAGCCCUUCUUCGGCUGCAUGCAGGAGCAGGACGGGAAGGGUCGCGUGGCGCGCUCGUGCUCCAACGCGGACAACGCCGGCAACAACUGCUACCGCCUCAACAACAUCAACUACUGCUUCUGUGAGCAGCCGCGGUGCAACGCGUGGCUGUCAAACGGGCCGGCGUCGGCAGCGGCCGUGUCGGCGCCGGCGCCCGCGCCCGCCCCCGCCUCGGCGUCCCGCCGCCGGCGCGUCGCCGCCCCCGGACGACGAGGACUCGUCCCAUCGAGCACAGCGGCGCCGGCCCCGGCGCCGCGCCACGCCGCGCCGCCCCGCCUCCAGCGCCGCCACCCGCCCGCCGGCGCCGCCGCCGCGCCACCCCGGCGCCCCGCCGCCGCCGCACGCCGCCGCCCCCGCCGCCGCCGCACGCGCCCGCGCCUGCUCGUGCUCCACCGCGGGGCUCGCGCUGCUCCUCACGCGCCACUAGGCGGAGCGCGGCCCGCGGACGGAGGCAGCAAGCGAUCA